AUGCAAGUGGAAUUUGCUAAACUGCGUUCUGAUGCGUUUGAGUAUCACCCAUCUAAAGUAGACUCCAACGGUUUAGAAUAUCAUCGAUGGAUGAGUGACAUCGAGCUUUAUCUGACUGCACUUGGGAUUCUGGCAACAAUUCGAGAAUACAAUGAAACACUUGAGGUUCAACCAACUACCGCCGAGAAGGCUCGAGCACUCGUGUUGAUGAGGAGACAUAUGGAUGCUUCACUCCUAUGGGAUUAUAUGUCAAUCGAAAACCCUAGAGAGUUGUGGCUUUCUCUUGAAGCACGUUUUGGCAAGAUUAAAGAUGCCUUGCUCUUCGACUUGAAGGCGAAGUGGAGUGACUUACGCUUCCUGGACUUCAAGACUGUUGCUGAAUAUAAUUCAGUGGCACUUUGCAUCAGAUCGAUGCUACAUUGCUUUGGAGUAGAGCUCACCGAAGGGGACUUAAUUGAGAAAACCCUUUCAACCUUCCCCAAUGCUGCAAUUGUGUUGUCGAUGCAGUAUAGAUUUGCAUACGAUAGUCAACUGAUCACGCAGUUUCAGCAACUUAUGAACUUCAUGCUACGUGCAGAGAAGCAUAACCUACUGGUGACUAAUCAUAAUACAAGACCGGUUGGAACUCAGAAGGUUCAUGAUGCGAAUUACAGUAGCGUAUCGAAAAGAAAGCGCAAGCAGCGGAACGCUGCACCACAAGCCAAUCACGGCCAGCGUAGGAAGAGGAGCCACCAACGCCCGUAUGGGCCAACUUAA